GAGCCAGUGCCAGAACACAGACAGAGCACUUCCAGAGCGCUUCCAGCGCCACCUUGAGCGCCACUACUGUCCAAAGUGUAUGCUGUAAUUCGACCGUUUUGUAGAUGUCGUUCACGCAUUUGUUUCAGCUUGCAUCGUCUUUCUGGCCCUGGUCUGGCUAAUACUUGUAUCCGUCGAGAUGUUCACUCGGUGGGACAUCUCAGACACCACUUCCCAAUCAUUGAUGUUCCUCCUCAUGCUCACGAACGCAGUCACCAUCUUCAUCCCACCUGUCUUAUUGAUACUCGAGUUUCGAAUAUGGUUAGAUGCUGCGCGUCUCCUAUUGGUGUUUGUUCUGCAGACAGGUGCUGCUAUCGCUUUCACGUGUUGGACUCCCCAGAUUCAAUGCCCAGAUCAAACUGCGGACGACAUAGGCGAAUGUAAGCUCCUCAAUUCAUACACUGUCAUAGCAUGCUGGAUCAUUCCAGCCAUCUCACUUUGCUAUAGCGUCUACUUUGCGAUCGUGGUGUAUAUGCAGUCUCGGAUACCUGACGCCGUGGACUAGCCUACAACUGUUCCUUCCUCGGCACGACCAUCAGUACUGCCCAUUGCGGACCCAGAAAUGGGGGAGAAGCGGUUUUCGAUUUUUCCAGUGUCGGCGGACUCUGGGCC